GUUUGAGAUGUCAAGUAUAUAAUUGAAUGCAGCUUUACUGCAAGAUGAUUGUAAAACUCAAUACAGGUUUAUCUAGAAUACAAAUUUCAAAAUCAUAAUCAACUCUGAACAUCAGAAGAAUUCUGAGCAUAUUGCUAAGCUAAAGAGGACAUUAUACAUGUUUAAGUAAAUGGGAUAAAGUGUUGAUUCAAGUUGCACUUACCUCAUCUGGGCAAAUCACUAAUUUGAAGUUCAAGAGGUCAUCUGGGUCAGGGAAUUCAGUUGUACAUGUUUUUGCAGAGGUAGCAAAAUCGUUCGAUGAGCUGGCAACGCUGCAAUCCAGGUGGCAAGAAUGACAAUGUUAUCUGUCAAGGUGGAUGUCUAUCCCGGAGUACCGACAGCAAAUUUAGAACGUCAAAGCGGCAAUUUCAUUUGCAAAUUUCGGCAAAAAUUUCGCUACUGUUUCAGCAUAUCCAGGAAAAGUCUUUGUUCACAGGCGAUUGAAAAGAGCCAAUGGCAAAGCGUCGUCGGCUUGGAAGUACACGCUCAAAUAAAGUCAAACAGCAAACUGUUUUCUGGUGCUUCAACUAAAUUUUCUUCUCCAGUUAAUACAGGUGUUGCAUUGUUUGACUGUUCAAUACCUGGUACAUUACCUGUCUUGAAUAAGAGAUGUGUUGAAGCAGGUGUUUUGACAGCAUUAGCUUUAGGUUGUCGAGUGAAUCCAGUAUCUUAUUUUGAUAGGAAGCAUUAUUUUUAUGCAGAUUUACCAAUGGGAUAUCAGAUAACACAACAAAGAGCUCCACUAGCAGUACAAGGUGAGCUGAAAUUCCAAGUUUAUACUCCAGCAAUCCACAAGAAACCUUAUCAAGCCAAAGUAAAAAUACAGCAAAUCCAACUAGAACAGGACAGUGCUAAGAGUCUUCAUGACACAGACAGAAGUCUAGUGGACUUGAAUAGAGCUGGAGUACCUUUGAUGGAACUUGUUUUUGAUCCUGACUUGAAAGAUGGGGAAGAAGCUGCUGCUCUAGUAAAAGAGCUUGUCCUGAUUCUCCAAAAGUUGAAUACAUGUAGUUGCAAAAUGGAAGAAGGAGCUCUGAGAGUAGAUGCAAAUGUUUCAAUCCACAAAGAGGGAGAACCUCUGGGGGUUCGAACUGAAAUUAAAAACAUUGGCUCUAUCAGAGGUGUAGCAAGUGCAGUAGAGUCAGAAAUAAAGAGACAAAUACAAGUUAGAAAUGCAUUAGGAACUAUAACCAAUGAAACUAGAGCAUGGGAUCCGAUAAAUAAGACAACUGUUGCUAUGAGAGAUAAGGAAGUUGUACAGGUACUGGAAAACAACAUUUGAAUACAAAUCAGAUGCAAUAAUCAUUCAAGUCAAUCUUCGGAACUCACGCAUCAGAUAUUAUACUUUUUUAUCUUUCAGUAUUAGCAUUGACUAAUGUAUUCUCCACGAAUAUGCCCAACCCUUGCUAUGUUUGAACAUUUCCAAUCAUCAACAACAAUUCCUAUCAUCACAGCCAUGCUGCCCAUAAGUAGGAUCGCAGUGAUUCCCUCAGAUGUAAUAAAACAGAUUCUGAUGUUUUUAUUCUCAAACAUAACAUCAACAUUUCAAGGGAAGAUCAACCACUUCCUAUAGGCUAGUUGACACUUUAUUUUAAGCAAGUCUUAAUAUGUGUUCUUUUGAACCAUAAAAAUUAAUUUUUAGACCUAAAAGACCAUAAAAUUUUAAUUUAAAAAUAUAUUGUUCUUAGACAGGCGAAAACGUUGUCUUUCAUGUUUGGCCCAUAUUCAUGUGUUUUGAUGUCAUCCCAUUUGUAAACCCUAUUUCAAGAGUAUCCAUCAUCCAUCAUGGUAAAAUGACAUCUAGUUAUCUAGUAAUAUUUCAAAAUUCCUCAUAUUGGCAAUGACCACAUAAUUCUGACGGAUCCGUCACUGCCAAGAAGACAGAGCCAUAUUUUGUUUUGGUUUUUUGUCCGCUUCAGUUUCCUUUUUUACUUGCUAAAAGCUCUUUUAUUUAGAAAAGGCCAUUUGUAUACAAAAACAAAACGCUACAAACAAAUUUUUCCUAGAUUUACACCUGAUUCAUUAUAGCUAACGUUUCAGGCUAACACAGAAAUGUCACUUGCUGAUCAGCUGUUCAUCUCAGUAGAUGUCAAAGCGUGAUGGAUACUCGUGAAAUAGGGUAUAAACAGCUGAAUGUAAAAACACAGCUAUAAAGACCCUAGGAAAUCUGUGGUUAGAGUUCUCACGGAAAUAGAUAUAUGCAACACUAUGUGUUGCUUGAGGCUGACCUUAUGUUCAGGACAUAUUUUACUGUGCAGAUUUUAUCGUCUCGUUUAAGUUGGACGGCAUCAUCGCCGUACGAUUUCUUUGCAGAUGUGUAAGAAGAAAUGCAAUAUUAGAUAACAUUAUUCAGAUGUCACGACGCAUGAACUUAGUUUUGAAUGUCUUCUUAAAAGAAAUAUGAUCCAAAUACUGUGAGAAGUAUUCAUUUAUUCCAUGAAAUUGGAUAUGGGCUAAGAAAAAAAUAUUCUUAGAAUUGUUCAACGACGGAAAAGAAAAUAGUAACUUGCGGCAUCUGCACCAAUGGCGCCUAAAGACGGUCGUUGACAGGUAUAGAGUGAUAAACACAAGUGGUUGUGUGCGCCAGGAAACGUAUGCUUGUUUUCGAACAGGAAUUGGCCUUCAAUGGGAUAGGGAUUACAGAUUUAUGCCAGAACCAAAUCUUCCCCCACUUCAUAUUGCAAUGGGCCCCGUUGAGAUAGGUUGUGUCAAUGCAGAUAAAUUGAGAGAAACUAUUCCUGAGUUACCAGAACAAACUAGAGCCAAACUGAGAGAUGAAGGACUUACUUUAGAACAGUCAAUUAUAUUAGUGAAUGACGUCUCACUGCUGGCCAUUUACAAAGAUGCAGUAGGUGAGAGAAACGUAAACAAAAAAGUUAUGGCCAAUUUUCUCAUAAAUGAUCUCAAUACGUUGUUGAAUAAGAAUGACAUGGUGUCUGAGGGAAUUAAGUGUCCGAGGCAUUAUUUUUCUGAAAUUGUUGAACUAUUGGAGAAAGGGAGUAUCACAAGAAGUACAGCUAAGCUAUUAUUGGAAGACGUUGUUUUAAAUAAUAGUGGAGCACCAGAAAAGAUUGUUCGCGAGAAAAACUGGUUGCAGAUAACAGAUGAGGAAGAAUUGCGAAAACUGUGUGAACAGGUGAUUAAAGAAAAUGAAAGAAUUGUUAAACAAUACCAUGCGGGGAAGAGCAAAGUGUUCAAAGCACUACUUGGUGCUAUAGCCAAAGAAAGUAAAAAUAGAGCUGAAAUGUCAAAGUGUACUGUGAUAUUGAAAGCCUUGUUGAAUAAAAAGUAAUUUUUGUAUA